AUGCUUAUUUUUUGUAAAAAUCUGAUAUAAAAAUUAAAAUAAUACGCAUUAAAAAUUUCAUCAUUUUAUAAAUAAGAUUUAAAUAUCCAACUUUUCAUCAUCUUAAUCACAAAGUUAUGCAAAAUGACAUAAUUAAUUAUAUUAGCAGACUAAUGCGUGUAAAAUAAAUAAAGUAAGAAAGAAAGAAAGAAAGAAAGAGAAAUAGCUUUAGUAAUACAUAAAAGUAAAGAAGCUUAGAACUUGAAUUGUUAGUCAUUAUUAAAAUAUUUGACUAUAAAAUCAGUUUCUAUUUUAAACUAAAUAAUAUUUAUCAUUCAUUAAAAUUUAUUAAUGUCUUCAUAAAAUAUGAAUAAAUGGCACCAUUAUUUUAAAGUUGCAAAAAUAAAAUAUAAUUUAUAAUAUAGAUAAUUAAAUUAAUGGAUGCAAAACUUUUCACAAAUUUUAAUGUAAAAAACAAUAAAUUGUAAGACUAUAAAUAGAUAUUGGUAUUCUCGCGCCUAGUUUUUAAACUAGAGCUAAUUAAAAAACUCUUUUCUUUCUUAAAUAAAAUUUAAAAAUGCUCAAGCAUUAUCUUAUUUUUAAAUAUUAAGAGCCAAUCAACAAAGGAAAAAAUGUAAUUGCUUAAAUAGAUACAAUAAGUUACUUAUAUUAGAUAAAAUACCUCACCAUUUUUUUUAAAAAACCCACCCAAAAGUAGUUAAAUAAUGA